GGGAAUCUGCCUUUGGAUUGUUCGAAUGCUCAAAACAACAGAACGACGACUCGCUUGGAAAUAUGCUCACACUCCCGGGAAGACUGACUUGGGAAUCAUUUAUUCUACACAGGAUGAAACUACUCUCAUUCUUACUUGUGGCUCAGAUGCUACCGUGAGAGCUUUCGAAUGGAGAUAUGAGGAAGCAAAAGAAAAAAGCUUUCCUCGAAGGUUUCAAAUAACCUAUCCUCACAGGGAAGACAUUCUUGCGCUUUCAGUCUGUAGUCUUGUUUCUAAGCUGGUGACUGGUGAUAAAGAAGGCUAUCUUCGUCUGUUCCAUUUGAAAGAAAAUUCUGCAGAAUUGGAGUGCGUUUUGACUAGAACAAGCGGAUCUAUUUGGUGUUGUGCAUUUUCUUGUAGUGGUAGCUAUGUAUUUGUUGCUGGAGAAGAGCCUGGAAUAGUUCGAAUUAUAGAUGUGGCCGAUAAAACGGUGGUUAUUGCAUCUGAAAAUGCUCCCGUGCAAGCUAUAAAAGACUUGGCAGUAGAUCCACUGGGAGACUAUUUCGUAAGUGUUGGAGAAAGAGGCGCAGUUGGCAUAUGGUCGUUGAAUCAGAACACUUGCAUUUUAACUAUACACAAUCAUGCUACUUGUGCCUCCUGGAAACCUGAUGGUAGCUUACUGGUUUUGGCAACAAGCACAAAGGAAAUAGUAUUCUUGGAAAGAGAGUCAUGGAAAGUUAAAAGAAGCUUUUCCAGUAUAGUUGAUACUGUUCCUGUCAAGAUAACAUGUUUAACUUGGAGGUCACAAAGUAAUGAUAUCCUGUGUGGUUCUGAAGACGGGAGAAUAUUUUUGCUUCAUUAUGGAAAAGAUAUCGAAAUAGUUGCUCAUUGGUGUGGGGAUGAAAACUUGAUAGAGAAGAUUGUCUGGCAUCCAAAGUGGAACAGUUUUGUAUCAGUGGAUGCUGCAGGACAAUUGGUUAGGGUGACGGAGGUUCCUGUUGCCAACGUUUCUGAUGAUCACAAAACAAAGGAAGAGUUGAAUGAUGAACCGACGAGUGUUAAUGAUGACUCUAUUGAAGAACAAGAGCAGGAGGACAUCUCCUGUGCCGAUGAAGUUUCAUCUCAUAGCAAUGUUGAUGAAGAAACUGAGGAAACGAUGCUUGAAGAAAAUAGUGUAAUUAGCAAAGAGCGUGCACCUCGGCAUUUCAUGGUAUCUUCAACUCCUUUUGAUGGAUCCUAUUCUAUUCUUUGUUGGAAUAGAACAGGUAGACUAGUAUCUAGAGAUGUACAGUCGCAUCAUGUUGUAGAAAUUGAAUUUUCGGACUCCUCAUUGAAGCCUCUACGUUUUACUGAUCACUAUGGAUUCUCUUUAGGAUGUUUGAAUUCCGCUGCUGUGAUAUUGGCUUCCAAAAGUGAUCUUGAAAGUCGCAAUGUCAUUUUCUAUCGCUCUCUGUCAUCCUCCUGGACUUCCAAUUCGCAUUGGACAGUUGCUUUGGAUGAUUUAGAAAUUCCACUUUUGUUGGCUCUUGGCGUCCAUUGGGCUGCAGUCUUUACUAGCAGAGAGCGUCUUCGAAUAUUUUCCUCUAGUGGAAUUCAAACUGACUUACUCAAGCUGGAACAACGUGUGUUGACUAUAUUGGGUUCAGAGAACGAUAAGCUAUGUAUUGUAUAUGAUAAUAGAAUGAAUGAUAAAUGUGAAUUCGAAUUUUUUCAGAUAUCGCCAUUUGGAAUGGUGACAAGUCGCUCUUCUCGAAUGUCCCUUCCUUGUAAGCCAUCUUAUCUACAGUGGAUAGGAUUCAGAGAAACAGAAACUUCAUUUGAAGAAUUGUUGGCCUUUUCAAAGACACAAGAAUUGUAUAUGUUUCUUCCUUAUCACGGAAAUACUUGGACCGUUGUUGUUGAUAAUGCUUUGGAGAAUAUUUCACCUGGGUCAUCAUUCUUCUGGCCUUGUUAUUGUUACAAUAACAGUUUAUUUGGUAUCGUUUGUAAGGACAAUGCGGCACCUCCCAUAACCUUAUCAUCACCUCCCUUGACUUUUAUUUCAUUGAGCGUGUCAUUGUUACCUUUUACUGAAUCAAGUCUUGCACUGGAACAACAAUAUCUUUGGGAAGCACUUAUGUUGUCGAAACUAAUGGCAAAUGGUUAUUCUGCGGGUAACAAUAUGGGAGAGAGAAGAAAGAAAUUAGAUAAAAUUUUGAUACGACUAUUCGAAGAUUCUUGCGUAACCAAUCACGUUGCUCGGGCUUUUGACUUUGCGAGCAGAUUGUAUUCAUACAAGGCUUACAAAAUUGCCUGUCAGGUGGCCAACCACCACAGAUUGGGUGCUCUAGCUCAAAAGGUGGAGUCUUUAAUGGAUCAAUGUCCUGAAAUUCAAGAAAAGAAUCUGGGAAAUUGCUCAGCCGACUCUGUUGGACAAGUAGCAACAACACAGAACGAUGAGAAUAGGGUGCCAGUUGCGAGUUCCAGCAUAAGAACAGGAAUAACCGAGUCUGUCACAGUUACAGAACAGGAUUGUGUCGAGAAGACAUCUCAAUCAGCUGCUUCUUUGGGUAUUCAAUCUAGGAUUCAAGAAAGGAAACGUAAACUAGAGGAUGGCCAACGAACUACGGUCAUUUGAAGACAUCGAACAGUUCAAUUCAUUUUUUUC